UACCCGAUGCCAUUCAAACCACAUUGAACAUGUUGACAGACAUUUCUAUCAAAAGAUAAUUCGGUUUUUUUUUGUAUAUUUUUGCCGUAAAAAUUGUGUUUGUAUGUUUUGUUGUGUAAUUUUUGUGAAACGGAAGAAGAAAAAAAAUAACUUGUUAAAAAUGUCGCGAAUUAUUCAUAUCACGCAUUUUGUUGAUCCGCAUUGUUUCUUCUUCAAAUUCGAUGAUGAUUUGCAUGAUACACAAUUGCAAAUUCUUGAAGAGGAAAUAUCUUCAUUUGCACGAGACAAAGUCAAUGACCAGAAGGAGUUUACCGCAAAAGCGGGCGAUUUUGUUGCAGCCUAUGAAAUUGCAUGGGGCAAAUGGGUACGAGCCGAAAUAUGUGCCAAUUUAAAUCAUUUGGAGCGUUGCCAGCUAUGGGCUAUUGAUCAUGGUAAACUCUUUCAAACGGCCUACAAGAAUAUUAUACCGUUACCGCCAAAUUUGAUCGACAAAAAUGUCAUUGGAGUGCAUCAGGGCAGCAUUUAUGGUGCUAGUCCAGCAAAACAGGAUUUCGAUUGGGAGACAUACGCACCUGUGUUAAAGCCAUGCGAAGACUGGUCACAGCAGGCCAUUGAUCAAUGUUCUAAACGAUUCAUUAGCAGUGAAGAUGUGCUCAAAGUACUGUACAAUAUCAAGGAAAAACGAGGCAACUACUUUUUUGGUGAUUUAUCUAUUCAAGCUAUGCCCAGGCCACCGUCUAUUUCGGUUGUCGAUUUUGGAGAGGCAUUGAUAUCUAUCAAUGAAGCGAUUCGCAUCGAUUUUCAAAAAGAGAUGGGUCGAAUUGCACUGAAAUAUGAGGAUAAGAAUGUGUUGAACAAUAGAACUGGGUCUGAUACCGCCUCCGGGCCAGGUAAAUCUGUUGUAUCAAAUGAAACUAACAUUCGGCGAAAAUUGAUGGAAGCUCGUCAAAGAGGCCAGAAUCAUGCACCGGAACCAAGUAUAGCACCGAGUAUGGAUGCAAGCACGGUUGCUCCAAGUGAAAUCAACGGUGGAAUUACACGUAUGCAAAUAAGCAAUCGAUUGCGAAACCCAGCGCCUAGCAUCGUAGCAAGCACUAUUGUGCCGAGCGAAAUCAACGAAGGUACCACACGUAUGAACAUGAAUCGCAAUCGAGGUUUUCAGUCGAAUGAUGCAAACGGACGAGCCCAUAUGCCGGCCGGAUUCGAACGUGAUUCCCAUAAUUUUAAUAAGCAUAAUAAUCGACUCGAAUCUGCUUUUCAAAACGGCAAAUAUAUUGUGUCACCUAACAAAAAGUAGCCUUUUGGUUGCAGUUCCAGAAUCUCUCGUUUUUUUUUAUUCGAAGAGUUUAAGAUGACAUUUUUUAUGAACAUUUAUCGAAUGAUGGCAAAAUGCCCAACUAAAUAAGUAAGCACAGUAUUCAUGUGUAUGCAAUGAGUCUCUAUUUUUGAAUAAAUCGUUUAUCCGCCAAUGAGCAUGACAGUAA